AUGUCAUUUCAAAACGACACUGGAGUACCGGUAGUGUCCACGGGCAGUCAAUAUGAUCACCAAUACCACACUAGCCUUCAGAGCAAUCGCCAUGAUGAGAACAGAAUUGGCCAAACCGCACCCAUGUAUGAUCCGUACUAUUCGGCAAGAACCACGUCAUUCAGCAACGAGUCAUCAUCUGUAUGCUCGUCCUCAUCUACCGCUGCUUCACCGCAUUAUCACAGUGAAAGCGAAAAUUACAGUCCACAUGCGAGCAGAUACUAUGGCAAAUUAGCUCCAAGAGAAGUUGACGAGACGAAGAUGUAUUCGCGAUCCGUGUGCGGGUCAAAUAGUGAUAAUGGCAUAACCACAGUCAGCAACCUCUCUAAUAUGCCGCGACGUCGUGGACGUCAGUCAAAGGACGAGCAGCUGGCUGCCGCCAAUCGUCUACCGCUGUCGGCUCGUGAAAUUUCCGAGAUGACUCUUGGAGAACUACACAAAGUGCUGAAGAACGAGAGCCUCACCGAGCAUCAGAAGCAGUUGAUUCGCAAAAUCCGCAGACGGGGAAAGAACAAGGUGGCUGCAAGAACUUGCCGUGAACGUCGCGGUGAACGUCAGCGAACCACAAAAGGAGCGGAGACGUCGUGGAAUGUACCGACACAUCCACCUGAGGCACCAUAUCAAAUCCACCUCUGA